AUGCUUCCACCCAUGACUACCGAAGAGGACCUACUACAAGACGACAUCAUCAACGACCCCGCAGUGUAUACUUCGUAUGGCCCGUUUCCUGAACGCUCAAAACGCAAGAAACUCGUGCAGGCGAUUGCAAACUUCUUCAAGAGGUUGCGGUAUAGUUUAGGGAGACGUCGUCCGACAGAAAGCGACGGAUAA